GAAAAAAAGUAAAAUGUCAAUCAAGAAAUUGCAAAUUUCGUAUAUUUUUGAGACUUGUAUUUAUUUGAUAAUUUUGUAGAUUAUUCGAUAUUACUUAUAGUUGCUUUUGAAAAUCACUUUUAAAAUCGUCUCAAAUGUCGUUUUUAUAUUAUAAUUAGUGAAAAGUUAUGUGAUAUAUAUGUACUUUAGUCGGAUAACCCCUAAAUGGAAAUGAAAAAUGAAUAACAGUUCUGAAUUUAUAUGGUCUGAGCUGCAUUGCUCGAAGGAUGCCCUGACUGAUACCUAUGGCUGGUUUAUGCAGUUCCUUCUGGCAUUCUUGGCUUUCACUUGCUUAAUAGGUAAAAGAUUCUGUGAGCCACGAUAUGCUAGAAGGCCAUGGCUCAUCUGGUUUUACGACACAUCCAAGCAGGGCCUGGGGGCUCUCAUCAUACACGCAGCCAAUGUAUGGCUGUCUCCACACCUCACAGGAAACCCAUGCACUUGGUACAUAGUGAACUUCAUGUUAGACUCGACUCUGGGUCUGCUGAUCAUAUGGGCGGGAAUCAGGCUAGCACAGUACUGUGCCCGGAAUUAUGAUAUACCGCUUAUCAAUUUUGGUGAAUAUGGCAAGCCCCCGCAGUGCGCGGCGUGGAUCUGCCAGUGCGUGCUGUAUGCAGCGCUGGCGACGUUCGCCAAGUCUUUGUUGGCGCUGGUGCUGCGGCUGCCGCCAGUGGUCGACGUGUUGUCCACGCUGCGCUUGUCGCCCGUCUCCGACCCGCGGUUGGAGCUCGCUGUCGUCAUGCUCAUCAUACCUUUCUUUGUUAAUAUUUUAAUAUUCUGGGUGACCGACAACUUCUUGAUGUAUCACCCAAGGGGAGUGAGCAGCAAAAUUAAAACGAAGGUACGUUACCAGUCCAUAAAGAAGCAGAAGUCAGGGUCCGAAGACGAGGAGCAUUCAGCUGAUGAGCGGCUGCUGGGCGCCAGCGUAUGACCGCAGAGAAAGCCCGGCGCGUUGCGGGCUUGAACCACUUGCAAUCUCGUAGGUAGGCACUUGAAGGUGUAGACGAAAUGGAGGUAAGAAAUAUCUAAUUGGUUAAAUAUAUUAUUCCUGUAGUACUAUCUAGCCUGGCGCGUAUGCAGUACAGAAAUAUAGAGUACCCACGCCUAGUGCGAAAGAGAUAGAAAAGAAAGUUCUACGCUUCAUUCAUGCUGUAAUGCAAAAUAUUGUGUGUACCCGUAGCACACUACGUAACACAUAAACAAAUUUUAUUGGCAACUUAUCGCGUGUGACGCGCCUAGCACGGGUACUGUGGGCUUAGCACCGUAAGCACGCGACUCUUUCUCGCCGCGACAGAGAUCAUCUGUCUCUUUCUGUGCAGUACUGUGAGAGAGUGAUGGGUGAUGUAUCUCGAGGCGAGAAAGAGUCACGCGCUUACGAUGCUAAGCCCGCUGAUUCUAUUGUGUGUAACGGAAUCCUCAGUCUAAAAAAUCCUUUGGUUAUUAGCGUCGAUGUUUUGUUAUAAUAAAAGUCAAGUAAAGAUAAAUUUACCUCCAGUUUUGUGUAUACCCUUCUUGGUUAGGCGCUAGCUUGGCUUGGUCGUUAUUUGCAAUUUUUGUUUACUUAUUAUGUAAUAUUGCGGGUGCAAAUAUUUUUCGGUCUACAGAUCUCUAAUUCUCUGUAGUCUAUGGAACACACGAUACUUGAUCUUGGUCGGGCAGAUAUUAAUUUUUUUACGAUUUAUCUUUUUGUGCCUUUCUCUGUAUACACUAAGUAUUACACUCUUUGUACACAAUGACUAGACUAAGUCAAGCUAGUAAUAAAAAAAUGUAAAAUAAUCAUGUAAACAUGAACUAUGAAUAUUUAUAUACAAGCUACGGCGUGAAGUGUACCUAUUCCAAAUGUACCUUAGGUUUUAAUUUUGCUUAUCAUAAUGUUUUGGAUUUUACUUUUUAUAUUUAUCACGUACCAAAGCUGUUGUAGGCUUCUAUUAUAUUAUUGGCGUUUCAUGUAAUUUUGAGUUUAAUUUAGACUUGUGAUAUGAUUGAUUGUGGCCAUACCUUGAUUUUAAGUCAACCAUUCGAAUAUUCGAACCUAAAACGAAUGCAAUACGUUAAUACUCAUUGAACGAGUCAAUAAUAAGAAUGUAUCUAUCAUGUACAAAAAGUAAACAUAACCUAGACCUUAGUAUCCUUAAAAAUUGGAGCUAAUUCAGCUCAUUGCUAACUUGUUUGUUGAAUGCAUAAACAAGCAAUGGCGCGAAUUUCGGCUACCACCAACUGAAUAUGACAGGACUAAAACUAGCUCUAUCUCUCACUUAUUGUAAGCGAAGGACGGCACUAACUUAAAAACUGGUGCUAAUUCCUCUAGACACCAUCUAAUUUUAUUUUAAGUUAUAUCUGUCAUUUUCUUAUCCGCCGAAAAUAAAGGGACGGGUAAUCGCAAGCAUAAAAUUUAUGGAACACACGACAAUUUUAAGCAAAUUUUAAGCACAUAUCUAAAACAACCCUAUAAAAAUUUUGCAUUGGCUAAUAACCCGACAGAAUUAAGUUGACAACAUACGUCAAACAGUUCCCAUACCAGUUAGAUACCUUUUGAUUCGCCAAGGUUAUUCAUUCAUUUACUCAUUCUUCCUAAAAUUAAGAGCUGUCAAUCAUCCGUCUCUUUCCUUUUCGGUGGAUAAGAAAGGCACCAUAGGCCCGGCCCGAAUAGGCACCAUAGGCAAUGGUGCUAAUUCCCGCAGACGCCAUCUAAUUUUAUUUUAAGUUAUACCUGUCAUUUUCUUAUCCGUUGAAAAAGAAAGGGACGGGUAAUCGACAGACAUAAAAUUUAUGGAAUACACGUCAAUUUUAUGCAGAAAUCUAAAACAACCGUCAAAAAUUUUACAUCGGCCAAUAACCCGACAGAAUUAAGUAGACAGCACGUCAAACGGAUUGCAUACCAGCGAGAUACCUAUUUUAUUCGCCCGGGCUAUUCAUUCGUUUUAAAAUUAACUUGUCGACAAACAUCCGUCCCUUUCCUUUUCGGUGGAUAAGAUAAUGACGGGUAUAACUUAAAAUAAAAUUAGACAUGUCUGCAGGAAUCGGGCCAUUGUGUUAUAAAUUGACUUACUAAUAAUUAUGAUCAGGUCCAAUUUUUAAGAACGUCUAAGGUCGCAUACACACAUCAUUUUAAAUACUUAGAUCACCAAAAAGCGCUCGUUUGUAUUUGAAAUAUUUAGAUAUUUACCCAAAUGUUUUUUUUUAUGUUUUGUAAAACGAUUUCUUUUAAAUAAUGUUCCUAAAAUGGUAUUAAGUACUUAGGUCGUCGUAGUGCCAUGGUUUUUUAAACAAUGUACAUUGACAUCGAAGAAAGACUGAAUAAGUCGAUGAAAUUAUUCGAUCUUCCAUUAUAUUUUUAUUCAUUAUUUACUUAACCCUUUAGUAUGUAUACAAACCGACAUUCCCUCUUACUGUGAACAGGAAUAAUAUUAUUAUGUUUAUGGAUAAUAUACACUAUUAUAUUAUGUGUCGAACGAAAUCGUAUAUAUAUUAUGAAAUUGAACAAACAUUGUAUAUUUGUUAUAAUGUAAUAAUAUAUUUAAAUAAAUUCGUCACAUCAAAGCAAUUCAUCUAAAAAAGCAAUAUUGCUAUUCGACAUUUAUUUGCUUUUUUAUAUGUGAAAAUGUCUAUAUUGUGUUUUAGGUGAAUGAUGGACUUUCCUGGGCUAGGUCCCCCAUAAACAACGCAGAUGGCGCUGUCGAGGUUUAAUGUCAUAAUUACCUAUUUUCCCAUUGCUUGGGUACAUAAUUAUUCAAAAAUAUAAUUUAAUGGCCAAGGCAUGUAUAAAAAUAUUUGUUGCUUGAUAUUUGGAUCAGAUAUGAUAUAGAAUUACGUUGCUACUAAGAGUGGUAAUAAUAAACUAAUCUCAGUUUCGAGACUGCCCUCAAGAUCAUGUCAAUGUGACAGUUCUUAUAUAAAAACAGAGACUUGAGCACGGUCUUGAGGGCAGUCUCAGCUGAGAUCAGUAAAACCACCAUUGGGGUGGAAUUAAUAAACGAAACUCAGCUGAAACUGCUCUCAAGAUCAUGCUCAAGUCCAUGAUUUUCUAUAAGAACUGUCACAUUGACAUGAUCUUAUGGCAGUCUCAAGGCUGAGAUUAGUUUGAUAAUACCACCCUUAUAUUGCUUCUCUUUAUUUUGAUCAGAAUAAUUAUGGGUGGAAGAUAUGUUUUACCUGGGUGUAAUAACAAGGAUAGUUAUUACCCAUAUCCAAAAAACAAAUACAAAAGGUGCAUAUGUAUGUUUUCAUGUGAAAUUAGAAGGAAUAAACGAAGGCAAGUCUGUACAGCGCCAUCUAUAUUUGUUUGGGGUACGUAAUCUGAAAAGUCCCUCAUUGCAGUACUAGUCCAAUUUAUUUCGACACAUCACAUUAACACUUCCUUCGGGAAUGUUUUAAAUUAAAUAACCGAUCGUCUAUUACGUUUAAUUCUUCAAAUAAUGGCAGCUGGCUGACUACGGACAAAAACGUACUCAGCAUAAAAUAUGUACGGAAGAAAUUAAUAGAUGGUUAUAUAUUGUACUGUCAUAGAAUAAACAAUAUUACUACGUGUAGAACGGACAGUGCGCUCCGCAUCAAUUCGUAUCGGUGCCGAACUGGAUUUACCCAGUAGGGCUAACAUGCGCAAAGUGCUAAAAUUUGUCACGGUCAUUUUAUCGAUUCCAAUGAUUUAAUUAUUAGUCAUUUUGUCGUUUGGUGCGAAUAUGUGAACCCAAAUAAGUCGUGUAGUUCUGUCAAAAUACGAACAAAAUCACGUGACACACAUGUUAGCGAAAAAAAAAACCUUAUCGAUUUAGACAAAAUGUAUUGAAUCGAUGAUUUUAUCAUAUUAAUUUUAUCACGUUGCGCUUGUUAGCCGUGCUGGUAUCACUUUAAUUGUCCGUAAGCCUUUAAGCAGUAAACGAGCGCACGCAGAUUGUCUGUCUCUCUCGCGGCAAGGCGGCACACGGAAGAGCGAGAUUUUUGUAUGGAGUGUCCGACCUGUGGUAACGUCUGAAAUAUUGUAUUUAUUACUGUUAUUAUUUAAUGGUAUUCUGACGGUUCACAUUGACGCAGUAAAACAAAAUAUAGGUACCCUGUUGUACCGUAACUGUACCUAUAAUACAGGGUGUUAGUGAUAACGAGGGUGUUUCAGACCAUAAUUCUAAGUUGAUAUCAAGUAGAAUUUUCCGUGAGAAAAGCAUGGAACUGAAAAUAAUUUAAAAACAAUAAACCACUGAAUAUUGAUCGCUGCAAAAAUAUAUUUAAGAGUAUAAACUCGAAUGACAAAAGUAAAUCUCGGCUAGGGACGAUCUCAAUGUCGCUUCCGUGUGCAGUCAGCCUAACUGUUUGAUAAAAAAACUAUGUAUUCAAAAUAUGUUGCUGUUUCGUUCUUUCGCAAAGAAUAAUAAUUAUGAUAAAUGGGAUCUAUUGUAAAUAUUAUAUUUUAAUAAGAGUAAGUUUUGUAUAAAAAUGAGCUGUAAAAAUUGAUAACGAGCUAUAUACAUAACGGUAUUGUAAUAUGUGCAUCUGUUCACUGUUUGUGCGAAUAUAAUUCACAUAACAUGUU